AUGGGCCUCGACAACGCCAUGCCGGCGGUCUGCUCCGCGCUCGGGGGCGAGCGGUUCGAACAGCUGGCGGGCGUGCGGAUCGUCGACCGGCAGGGGCCAGUCAACAGCUCGACAGUCCGCCUGCGCUACGCCCUCGACGCUGCCGCCGCAGACUGGGCAGAGGCAGAGCUCCGUCGCCGGUAUGGUGCCCCAGUCGUCGACACUGCCAAGAUGCUGGGGUUCGCCCUGACGGAUGCCCGGCAGGUCGCGCUGCAGCGGGACGGUCGCACCGUUCAGCUGUGGAUCGAGGAUGAUCCGGGCCGGCCGAGCGUGCCCGCGGACCAGGUACGGCACUACCUCGCGGACCAGUCUAGGCAUUCGAACCUCCCGCCGAGGCUACGCCACCAGCCGCCGAGGGGUGCGUCGCCACGCCGUGUGUCCCUAAUUGUCGUGCCGGACCUCGCCGCGUUGCGCCUCGUGCUUGACUGGUACGAGGGCGGUGAGGGCGGCUUGGACUCGUUGCCCGUUAUCCCGACUUCGUUGACUUUGGGCAGACGUCGG